AUGAAUAGGAUGAAAAAAUUAAUAUAGUAAAAAGGGUUUCUACCUGCUAAACCUUCGCAAAAUGAUCUGUUGAAUGAAGCCAGACAAGCCUUUUUAAAAAAGCAGAGAACUUAAAAAGAAUAAGAACAAAUUGAAUUAUUUAUGCUAUCAUUAAGUUUCGUAUAAAAAUUGAAAGUUCAAUAUGGACCACUUAUUGUAGCUGAUCUCUGUAAAAACAUAUCUUAUUUGAGAAUCCCUGCUGGUAAUCAAAUCAUCCAAAUUAAUAAGGAAAACAGAACUUUUUAUGUCAUCCUAUCUGGCAAAGUAAGUAUUAGCAUCUAUGUCCAAAAAGGCUUACGGAGAACCUCUAUGAAAAUCAAUUAAAACAAUAACAUUACUCAGCAAACUAGUGUAUAAUAAAUUCAAUAAUCCUCAACCCCAGGAGCAAUUCACCAAUAGCCAGCUAUAAAAGGAGAUGAGGACUAAUUUAGUCUCCAAGAAAUUAAAACACUUGAAUAAGGUGACUCCUUUGGUGAAUUGGCCUUGAUAAAAGAUAAUCUAAAAGCAACAGCAACAGUCACAACUAAAACAGAUUGUGAAUUUGGUUGUUUGACACGUAAACAAUAUAUAGACAUCUUAGGCAAAAUCAUUUAGAAUCUACAUCAUGAAAAAUUAGUAUUUCUCUAAACAAUUCCUCCUCUAAAACUUUGGAAUGAUGAAGAUCUUAAAUAAUUGUCCUAUUAUUUAGUUUUGAAACAUUAUGUAAGAAAUCAAAUAUCAAUUAAAGAGGGUGCAGACAACUCUCAAAUUUUUGUUGUUAAAUAUGGAGUAUUUCAUGUUGUUAAACAAUAUCAAGGAUAAUAGUUAAUUUUAAGUGAACUCUAAGAAUCAGAAAUCUUUUAUUAACAUCCCAGUGAAUUGAAAUACUAAUUUUCUCUUCGUUGUGCUUCAGAUGGAUCAAGUUUGUAUGAAUUCUCUCAUUACGACUUUAAGAAAUAUGCAGAAAAUAAUAAUUUAGAGGAUUUCAAUAGUUUAGAAAAACAAAAAUAAAUCUGGAGAAUGAAAAAGUUUGAAGAAAGAGUAUUUGAUGUUAGAGAUGUACAUCAUUAAGAAAUUGAGCUUAUUGAAACUAAAAUAGAAUUUAAGAAAACAAUUAAAUUAUAUGAAGAUCUUAAAAUCAGAUGCAAAUCUGCUAAGAGAAGAAAGACUCCUGUUCAAACUGAAGAAAAUGCCUUCUAAAAAACUUAAAGAUAAGCUUAAAUGGCUCUAAAGAAAAAUCAAAUCCUUAGAUUUGGGGAUGAUUCUAGUGAAAAUUCAUUCACUCUUCCUGCUAUAAGAAGCACUUCAAGAAAAAAGAUUUAUGUAGAUUUGAUUGACACAGAAAAGAGUUUUGAAACGCUUGAUCAAUAUAAAAUAGGAGACAGUGAAAAAUACUAAUUGUAUUUUGACCAUUCACAUCCUUGGAGAAACAUAAAUCAAAAAAAACAAAUUUAUAAUUGA